AUGGCGCCUCCCGCAAUUAUCGCUCCUUCUAUCCUCAGUGCCGACUUCUCCAAUCUCGGCCAUGACUGCUCCCGCAAGAUGGAGGAGGGCGCCGACUGGCUCCACGUCGACAUCAUGGACGGCCACUUUGUCCCCAACAUGACCAUUGGAUGUCCCGUGGUGUCACAGAUUCGCGGCUGCGUCGACCGCCCUCUCGAGCCUGGUGCCCGCGGCACCUUUGAUUGCCACAUGAUGAUCAUGGAGCCUCACAAAUGGGUCAAGGAAUUCAAGAAUGCGGGCUGCGAUCUGUACUGCUUCCACUACGAGGCGGCCGUCUCGUCCGUUGCCGCGACCGACCCCACCGACAAGACUACCACCGCGCGCACCAGUCCGCGCCAAUUGAUCAAGUAUAUCCACGAGCAAGGCAUGCAGGCCGGUAUCGCCAUCAAGCCGGAUACCCCGGUAGACGUGCUGUGGGACAUUCUCGAGAGUCCCGAACUCGCCGAGCGACCAGAUAUGGUCCUCGUUAUGACGGUGCAUCCCGGAUUUGGUGGACAGAAAUUCAUGGCCUCGGAGCUCCCCAAGGUGGCUGCGCUGCGCGAACGCUACCCAGACCUGAACAUUGAAGUGGACGGUGGACUGGGCCUGGGCACGAUCGACCAGGCGGCCGACGCAGGUGCCAACGUGAUCGUGGCCGGCUCAGCAAUCUUCGGCGCCACAGAUCCGGCCGAGGUCAUCGCCAAACUACGCGAGGCGGUCCAGUCGCGCCGAAACAAAGCCUAG